AUGCAUGAGAGACAACUCAGUAAUAUGAUAUCACCAGUAGCUCUUGAAUUGAUAAAUAUCGAAAAUAACAAUCUAGAGACAUUAUUUCUUCUGUGGCUUGAUACUUCAGUCAACUCUACUACAGAAAAUAUCGAUGUUCAACAAUCACGUCGCAUAUCGAUCAAUCAUUUAAAAGUAUUUGAAUAUAUUGAACAGUGCAAGAUUUGCAUUGAAUUUGUAUCUGUCCACGAUCAAGUUGUCCUUAUUGUUAGUGGCCAAUUCGGUCGUGAAAUUGUACCUCGGAUUCAUUCAUUAUGGCAGCUCUACUCUGUAUAUGUAUGCUGGAUGGACAAAGCAAGUAAUGAAAAAUGA